AUGGUGCAUUCAGCAACGCAGCGAUCAUAUUUAAAGGACAUUCAACAACUCUACCGGACGAUUGAGGCCUCGACAGAUGGCCAAGCUUCCAUACUCUCAGUCGAUGAAAUGUCAGUGAUGAUCUCGCUGCAACCCAAAUCUGGUAACAAUGCUCAUGCUGCCUUCAACGUGGAAAUAAAGUGUCCCGUGUCCUAUCCAAGGGAUAGACCAAAAGUGACAUUCACCUCACCAAUCUUCCACCCCAACAUCAACAAUAAUUCGGGAGGCAUUUGUCUAAAUCUUCUUAGUGAGUGGCUUAGCUGUUACAGUCUUCUGGAUGUGGUGAAAUCUCUUCUCUACCUAAUCGACAACCCGAAUUUCGAUGAGGCAAACAACUCGUUUGCAUACCUGGAAAACAAGGUCUUGUUGGCAAAGAAGACGAUGCGAGUGCUGGCAGGUCUGCCAGUAAAUGGGAAACGGUUUGCACCAAACAAAUCAUGGUGUGAGUGGGCAGAGGCCCAUGGAUGCCUUCCAGUUGGCGAGAAAGAGGAUGACGAAGAGAAUGGCGAGGUGCCGGCGGUUUGUGUGGAUGUCGGACAAGGAUCAGACGAUGAGGAUGAUGGU